UUGAACCAACGGGCUUGGCUCGUCAUCAGUACAACAUAAUGAUAACGGCUGGUUUUAAUCCUGCUCAUGAAUGGUUCUUACUAGAGGACAGAACUAUAACGCUUACUUCGUACCAUGAUCGAUAUCUACUGCCGAGUCCGGUUCUGCUCAAUGUUCACGCUGCGAUAUCGAAUAUCCCUGAAGCCACUGGUCGCGGGACACUGGUAUCUAAGACCAUCGAUGAGUAUAGAAAUAACGGCGGUCUUGAAGGAGAUGACACAACGGACGUUGCACGCCUUUUAUCGGUCAGUGGUCUUGUGUUAUUGACGGCUGCUAUGGAUUGAAAGAACGGAAUCAGUAGAUCAAGACCAUGUCAGACAAGUACAGAAUGGUAUAAAUUGCUAUAUAAUCACCUAACACA